AUUUGUUCAGAAAAUUAGUCGCCAAGAAAAAACAAAAUCAAAUAUUUGCGGAGAGGCAAAGCAGAAGAAGAAGUAUCGUUUGCGAUUAAAAAAAAAAAGCCUUGGAGAAGAGGUUAAGCUUCUUCCCUCCUCCUCUGCAUCUCUUAUACGAUGCCGUAUCACCCCUCUCCUUCCUCUUCAACCAAUCUUCACCGUCGUCGUCUCGCUUCCGUCUAACAACCGUUGAAUUAGAUCCUUUUGAGCUUCUUCCGUUGAGAUCUUCUUCUCGCGCGAGAGCCACGAUGCCUACUUUCUCUGCAAUUGCUUUGGAUAGAAUGCUAGAGCCAGGUGCUGCUUCCACGUCUCCUUCGCUUCAUUAUUCAAAGCCACCGUUAUCUAAGCUGGAGAAUGGCACUCGUCCUCAGAUGUCACCGGCUCUCUACGCCACUCCUGAUGCUAUCCCUCUACCUAACUCUCCAUCCUCAUCUUCCUUCCCACCGUCGCCUUAUAUCAUCAACCACAAAUCACGCGGUCCUCGUCUUUUGAAAAGCUCUUCCGAGGCUAACGUGGCUUCCCAACAGAAGCCCCUUGAAGAUGAAGGUGUUACUGGCGGUGCUGAUGUGAAGGUUUCGCCUCGGAGGAAGUCCACCUCCUUCUCGUUUCCUAUCAGCGAGGCUACUGAAGAGGAUUAUGCCAAUGGUGUUUAUGAUCGCCAAGUUGGAGACUUUAGUUUUGAUGGGAAACUUGGUAAUGGAAAGUUGGAAUUGGAUAGUGCUGCCAAUAAUGAUUUAGAAUGGGAGAACAAUCUGCCGGAGCCUUUCACUGCCAAGGUAGAUAAGGAGAGUGAGUCUGAAGAUUUCUAUGACCCGGGUGAGUCAGCAAGCUUCACAAGUAACACCGAUGCAGGAGAGGAAGGCUCACACAGACUUGCUACCCCUGUGGGAGAGUUUUAUGAUGCUUGGGACGAGCUAUCAAGCGACAGUGGAAUGCAGAGUUCAGUUAACAACAAUGAAACUGAGCUUAGGGAGAUAAGGCUGAGUUUACUAAUGGAAAUCGAGAAGAGAAAACAAACAGAGGAGGCGCUGGAGCGGAUGCAAACACACUGGCAGAUGCUCCGUGAGCAGUUGGCCCAGGUUGGUGUGUUCGUUCCUAUUGAUCCAACCACCUCCACCAGCAACAUGAACCUUUCAGAAGAACUACGCUGCCAGCUCGAGGUUGCUAGGUUUGUCUCCGACUCCUUAGGCAGAGGUAUGGCUAAGGCGGAGGUAGAGAUGGAGAUGGAAGCUAUGCUCGAAACUAAGAACUUUGAGAUCACACGUUUGUCUGACCGUGUGCACUACUACGAAGCUGUGAACCGGGAAAUGUCUCAACGAAACCAAGAAGCCAUAGAGGUGGCACGAAGAGAGAGACAGAAGAGAAAGAAGAGGCAGAGAUGGAUAUGGGGAUCUAUUGCAACAACUAUUACCCUAGGAAGCGCAGCAUUGGCAUGGUCUUACAUUCCUGCGUCCCGACCAUCAUCAGAAGCAUCACAGACUCUCAAGGAUGAUUAAGUAAGCCCUCUUGUCUCCAUAAUGGGUGUUUGUUUGAUAUGGGCAAAGAGAAAUAAGAUGCAAGACGUUUAGCACGCCUUGUGAAUAGAAAAUAUAUACAUGUUUGGUUAUUUGUUUUAACCGUUCAAGAGGAUGUAUAGCUCACGAGUAGCUACAACACACAUGUUUCGUUUUUUUUGCGGUCGCAUACACAUUCACUAACAUUCAAUGUUUGCUCUCUAGUCUCAAAUGCGUGGGUUGCCUACA